AUGUUCCUCGUCAAAGACGGCAACGGCAAUUUUGGGUCAGACCGGGACGCACUGCCAGCUGGUGGGAGAACUUUGAGAUGGAAGUCGUCCUCCCGGAGGAAGGUAGUUAGUGUCUUGGCAUCCAGCGGCACCGCCUCGCACCCUGACGAGCGGCUGAACGGUGUCAGCGGUAACGGGGACAACUCUGCGGCUCUGUUGUGGUUAGAUGUAAGAGGUGGAAGUGCUCCUGCCAUGUUCUCCCCUUCUGCUCUUUUCUCUUCACCGCUGUCACACGCCCAGACACCAGUCGACUCUGUGACCACAGAGUGUGACGGCGCUGCAGAAGCAAUAAGUACAAUGUAG